CUAGCUCAGGUGCCCACAUGCACUUGACUCGAAUUUCGAAUACUAAGCGCUCUUUUUGAUUUAGGUGCUCAGGUAAACGGAAGAAAGUUGUGAAAUGCCAGAAAUCGAUGAACUUAUUAAUGAUUGGUCCAAAUGGAAUCCCAUGGCCAGUGACUUUUACGAUGAGUCGCAAAAUAAAUACGUCAAAGGCACAGUGGAGGAAGCCACCGUGGCUUCAACCGUAUCUGGAGAUGCAGCCAACUGGGAGAAUCGCAAUGCCAUGCAACUAAAAUAUCCCUAUUUGGUUGUAAAAAAGACCAAAUCAUUGAUAACGUCUAACCUUAUCAUUAAUUUCUUUGGACGCAGUCUAAUUUAUAACUUGGAAUAUCGAAAGAAUUCAAAUGUUUACUUUGUUUUUUUUCAUAAUAUCGGAUCCUUUGAGUCGGCACGCAAAAAAGUUAAUGAUGCGCCGUACAUUCUUGACUGUUUUGAGGGUCGUGCUCAACGGAACAAUCAUCGUCAGCAGGAAAUGCAGUACCCGACGCCCACGGAGGAAACGGAGGAGAAGUCUAAGUCAGAACCGCCAGUUGUGUUGACUGAUCGUGGUCCCGUAAACAUGGACUGUCGCACUUUAGCUAUAUCCUUAGUUGAGAAUCCACAUCCCAUGUUGAAAAAGGCUCCAUUGCUUAGCAAAGCCGACUAUGCCAAAGGAUCUAUGCUAUGCCAAAAUGAUCCCAAUCAACGUUAUCUAAAUGCAAGAUAUGGGUUUGAACUGGAGCAUCAUAAUGUCUAUAUGCUGGAGGAGAAAAUCGAAAAAGAUCAGAUUGUUUUGAACUAUCGUUCGGGUCGUCGUUUUGCCGAGAUUCAAGCCACUGAUUUGGAGGAAUUGUCAUCGACUGAUGAUCACAUUGAUCUUAAGCAAUGUUAUGAUUGUGACAAUUACACUUUGGUCUCUUGUAAAUUUUGCCAGAUGCCUUUUUGUAAUGCUUUCUGCUUCAGAAAGCUUGCCGAUCAACAUAAGGAAUACUGCAACGAAGACAAAUCAGUACUAAUGCCAAAGCCAAAGAAAGUUGAGGAAGGCAUUGCUGUCUCCUUGGGUCCAUUGAUGAUGCCACCUUCAAGCUCUAAUGUCAAGAUUACCGCCUUCGAGCAGUCAAAUGUCUUAUAUGUACGCUCGGCUGAUGUUCAUAAUGAGGUGGACUAUGCCAAUGUCCUGACGACAGUAACACUGCAGGGACGUAAAGCUCCCAUAUUGAAAGAUUUGCCACAAUGUGGCCAAAUUGUCAUCUAUAAGAUGCGUACUCAAAUUCUACGUGCCAUGGUCUUAAAUGUAGACAAUCCGAAUGCCAUUUAUGUAGUUUGUAUAGAUUUUGGCAACAUUGAGAUUGUCACAAAGCCACAGGAAAGUCUUUAUGCUUGUAAUAAUCAUCUUACGGCCUUGCCGCGCUAUGCGGUUCCCGUGAUUUUGCGCAAGGUGCCACAACGUUACAUAACUCCCAAUCUGCGAGAGAUGAUCUAUGAACUGGAUGAGACUCUUAUCUUUGAAAUGAAGUACUCGAAACGUGAAUUUGAUUUUAAUAAGGGCAUGCAGCGGGUGAUGCUAACCGAGCUGGACAAUAAUCGCAGUUUGAAUCGUCUGUUUAGGACUAUUCUGCUACCGGUAGAGCCUCCGUUAUCGGAUUUGGGCUACAUGGAGGACGAUCUAAUCCACGUUCCUUUACCUACUGGCGACAACGUUAAGUUGUUCAUUAUGGAUAAUUCCUUUCUGAAAUUUGGUUUUAUAUACUGCACCACUGAAGAUUUUGCCCAUGAGAUCACCCAAAUGCAGCGGGAGAUCCAAAGCUAUGGUGAAUCGAUUGCUAAAUUAACAUCUUAUGCACCUGUAAGAAAAUCAUUGUGCAUAGCCAAGUAUCAGGGUAACUGGUGUCGAGGCGUAUGCUUGGAUUUGGUGGGCGAUGGCUAUCCUAGCAUAUUAUUUGUGGAUUAUGGGAAUAUAACACCAACACAUAUUACUGAUAUUUUGCCAUAUCCGGCUCAGUUUACCUUUCCCAUAUUGACUACAGUUUUUGAUAUAAUUGGGUUUCCUGAGGACUCCGAACUGGACGAGGAUGUUAUUAAACGCUUAGGGGCUUAUCUGAGUGUCGGCAACAUUAUUCACUGCAAUGAAGUCAUUUAUAAUAAGGAGGACAACAAGUAUUCCUUGCGUCUAGAUCUGCUGCAGUCGCUGAUAUACUAAGUUUUUAUAUUAUUAUGCUUUAUAUACACUGAUUUCAAAAGAUGCUCCUUAUCGCUGAGGAAGUUCAUCUGUUGAAAAAAAGGAAAGGGAAAAUUUUGAAAUAAAACAAAUUAUUUGCCAUGCUCUGGUAAUGCAAACCUGAA